ACAGUGGCGGACCUAACCACAGGAGCCAUGACGGAAUUUCAGGAGAAGCUUCGAAAUCAGCACGAGGAGUCCAUGUGCAAAGAGCUGGACAAGCUUCUCAGCAGCUCAGGCGACUCCACCCACCAGAAUUGCAAGAAAGACUUUGAAGGAUUCAAAAGACUCUUCCACAGGUUCCUGCAGGUCAGAGGUCCUGCAGUGGACUGGGCCAAAAUCAGCCGCCCGCCAGAGGAUGCGGUCGUGUCUUACGAGAAGAUCGGGGCUGAAGCUCUGCCGAAGGACGUGGCGUCUUGUCUCAACAAGCUGGCGGUGGUCAAGCUGAACGGCGGCCUCGGCACCAGCAUGGGAUGCAAAGGCCCCAAGAGUCUGAUCAGCGUUCGCAACGAAAACACCUUCCUGGAUCUCACAGUCAAACAGAUCGAGCAUUUGAAUAAAACCUACGACGCUGACGUUCCAUUGGUGUUGAUGAAUUCCUUCAACACGGACGAUGAAACCCAGAAGAUUCUUCUCAAGUACAAACAUCACCGACUCAAGAUACACACCUUUAACCAAAGCAGAUACCCGCGCAUCAACAAGGAGUCACUGCUGCCCAUCGCCAAGAGUUUGGGGUUGAACGCGGACGGGGGCGAGGCGUGGUACCCGCCGGGUCACGGCGACAUCUACACCAGCUUAUACAACUCGGGCCUACUGGAGCGACUCCUGAAUGAAGGCAAGGAGUACAUCUUCGUGUCCAACAUCGACAACCUGGGCGCCACCGUCGACCUCCGCAUUCUCUGUCGACUCAUCGGCCAAGCUGCCGAUAAACGCUGCGAGUUCGUCAUGGAGGUCACGGAUAAGACCCGCGCCGACGUCAAGGGCGGCACGCUGAUCCAGUACGAGGACCGACUGAGGCUCCUGGAGAUCGCACAGGUUCCCAAAGAUCACGUGGACGAGUUCAAGUCGGUCAGCAAGUUCAAGAUCUUCAACACCAACAACUUGUGGAUUUCCUUGAGCGCCAUUAAGAGGUUAAUCGACAACAACGCGUUGGACAUGGAGGUCAUCGUCAACCCUAAGACGCUGGAGGGCGGUCUGAACGUGAUCCAGUUAGAGACGGCGGUGGGCGCAGCUAUCAAGUGUUUCCGCAACGCCAUGGGCAUCAACGUGCCGCGUUCUCGCUUCCUGCCGGUCAAGACUUCCUCAGACCUCCUGCUGGUCAUGUCCAACCUCUACAGCCUGGACGCAGGUUCGCUUACCAUGAGCCAUAAGAGGGAGUUCCUCACCACGCCGCAUGUUAAGCUGGGUAGCUUCUUCACCAAGGUCCAAGACUUCCUGGCCCGCUUCGACAGCAUCCCGGAAAUGCUGGAGUUGGACCACCUCACCGUGGCGGGAGACGUCACAUUCGGGAAAAACGUCUCACUCAAGGGAACGGUAAUCAUCAUCGCCAACCAUGGUGAUCGAAUCGACAUCCCCGCGGGAGCGAUGCUGGAGAACAAGAUCGUGUCAGGAAACCUGCGCAUCCUCGACCAUUAA